AUGUGGAACAUCACGGUAAUAUCGACUUUCGCCAUGUUUACAAAACCAAACGUCUCCCGACUUGCCCGGGAAGUCUCCGCCCCUGCACAACCGACGACUCAACAAUACGCCUUCACCAGUGAACAUAGAACUCUCGGGACAGACUGUGCGCAUGGUCCAAGGCAAGCAAACAGCUUCACUCUCCUCACUAGUGGUGCCGGAAACGUGCUUAAUGAUGUCGCGCCGUCACCAUCACCACCCAUAGCAACAAUAAUGGUAAUAUUCGCAGAGAAUAAUGGAACAGUAGACGUUAGGAACGUCAUGCUCUGUAUGUUCCAUGCAGAUCGACUCAAGCUAGGGGGAGGGCAAUGUGCAUGUUGUUGA